CCAUAUUCGGUUCUACCACUGUCUGAUUUCCGCAAAGAUACCACUUUCGCGUUCCUAGCAAGCCUUGUAAUCUCACCACAACUUACCACCAAAUACCUACCUACCAUUCCCAGAUGUUGUUUGUCCGCCGAUGCCUUGUCUUGGUUAUCUCGUGCUUCUUUUUUUCUUUUUCUUCUCUUUCCUCCUUGUCUUCUGUACACCACCACACAAACACCAGGCGGAACGGGGCCAGUCAGUCAGUCAGUCAGUCAUGCAUUCCAGGCGCUUUCUCUCAGUCGAGUUCAGUCGGCCACGGUAAACCAUGUCAGACCAAGCCAACUCGGAGUCUCUCAUCACGGCGUCUUUCAGAUAUCCCAGCGACAAUGACGGCGACGGCGGCGGCAGCGGCGGCGGGGGAGGCGGGGCGCUGGCAGCGGUGGAGAGAGGAAAGGGAGGGGGUUGGGAAGAAGGAAAUCCAUCGCCGUUACCGUCGCCGUCGCCGUUGCCGUCGUCUCGCCACAGGCUUUUCCAUUCAUCAUCACUACGCCACCACCAUAUUGCUAGAUCAAUACAUCUUAAUCGCGCAAGCACCCCCCAUAUCGAACACUCUCUCUACAAUAUCUACGCUUCUGCCUACUGAAUCCCCUCCCUCGCUCGUUCUCGCUCUCGUUCCGUGCCGUGACGUGAUGUGACGUGACGUAUGUAUGUAUGUACGUACCAUGCUACCUAUCUAUCCUCGCUCCCUCGCUCGUACGGCACACGGCCCACGUCUCACGGCUCACCCGCGGCUUUGGGUUGGGUCCGGGUCCGGGUCCGGGUUUUGCUUUUUUGGGGUUGCUUGCUUUUUCGCUCGCUUCACACACUGCUUUGGCUACCGUGGCUACCUACCUAGUUACAUACA